AUGGAGGUACUAUUUGGCAGAAAUAAGAAAGAACAACCAGAGCCUGUGAGAGCCAAAGUGACAGGCAAGAUCCCAACCUGGCUACAGGGAACACUGCUUCGAAAUGGCCCUGGGAUGCACACUGUGGGGGAGACCAGAUACAACCAUUGGUUUGAUGGCCUAGCCUUGCUCCACAGCUUCACAAUUAGAGAUGGUGAAGUCUAUUACAGGAGCAGAUACCUGAGAAGUGAUACCUACAAUGCCAAUAUGGAGGCAAACAGGAUUGUGGUGUCAGAGUUUGGAACAAUGGCCUAUCCAGACCCCAGCAAAAACAUAUUUUCCAAAGCUUUUACCUACUUGUCCCACACCAUCCCAGAUUUCACAGACAACUGCCUGAUUAACUUCAUGAAGUGUGGAGAAGACUUCUAUGUGACCACGGAGACCAAUUACAUCAGGAAAAUCAACCCACAUACUCUGGAAACUCUGGAAAAGGUUGAUUAUCGUAAAUAUGUGGCUAUAAAUCUGGCAACAGCACAUCCUCAUUAUGAUUCGGCUGGAAAUGUUCUCAACAUAGGCACAUCAAUUGUGGACAAGGGGAAGACAAAAUAUGUGAUCUUUAAGAUCCCUGCCGCAGCACCAGGUAGGUCGUCCUGGGGGAAGAGCCCCCUGCAGCACACGGAGGUGCUCUGCUCCAUCCCCUCCCGCACCCUCCUCUCCCCAAGCUAUUACCACAGCUUCGGGGUCACCAAGAACUACAUCGUUUUUCUCGAGCAGCCCUUCAAGUUGGAUAUUCUCAAGAUGGCAACUGCGUACAUCCGGGGAGUGAGCUGGGCUUCUUGCCUGGCUUUCCACAGGGAGGACAAGACUUACAUUCACAUUGUCGACCAAAGGACUGGGAAGCCCGUGUCCACCAAGUUUUACACGGACCCUAUGGUGGUCUUUCAUCACAUCAACGCCUACGAAGAGGACGGCUGCCUUCUGUUUGACGUCAUCGCCUACGAGGACAGCAGCCUGUACGACUGCUUCUACUUGGACAACCUGAAACAAGGCUUCGAAGGGAACUCCAGGAUCGUCCCUGUCCCCACCCUCAAGAGGUUCGCCGUGCCCCUCUGCACGGACAAGAAUGCAGAAGUGGGCUCAAAUUUAAUCAAACUGGCAUCUACGACAGCAAGAGCCCUGAAGGAAAAAGACGACCAAGUCUACUGUCAACCAGAGUUGCUCUGUGAAGGCUUAGAACUGCCUCAGAUCAAUUACGCUCACAACGGGAAGCAAUAUCGGUAUGUCUUUGCUUUUGAAGUUCAAAGGAGUCCCAUCCCAAACAAGAUACUAAAAUAUGACAUUCUCACAAAGUCAUUCUUAAGAUGGGGAGAGGAGCACUGCUGGCCGUCGGAACCCGUGUUUGUGCCUACACCAGAUGCCAAAGAGGAGGAUGACGGAAUUCUCUUAUCGGCCAUUGUCUCCUCCGAUCCCCAAAAGCUGCCUUUUCUGCUUAUUCUGGAUGCCAAAACUUUUGCAGAACUAGCUCGCGCAUAUGUUGAUGUGGACAUGCACCUGGAUCUCCACGGGUUAUUCAUCCCGGACACAGACUGGGACCCAAGGAAGCAGGCCCCUUCCCAGGAAGUCCAGGACAGGGCUUCAUCGCAGACAGGACAGGCGUGAGCGGCCCCAUGGGUAGGCUCCCGGGGACACAGGUGUGAUCCCUCUCUGGGUCCUUCCUUUCAUUUGGUGCUUAUUCUUUUGGUGUUUGCUUUGAGACGAAGGUUUGGAGAUAGAGCUUACCAGUAUCUUUCUUUCAUUUCAUUUUGGCCAUAAAAACCUUGUUUGAGCAUUGAUCAAAUAUUUAUUGAUAGCUCUAGCACUUCUAAGAA